UCUCAUCUUGUGCUUGCUCUCUCGAUCGAAUCAGAGAAACGAUGGCGUCCUUAUAUAUACUAGUAGAAAAAACUACGUAAUGAAAACCCUAAAUAAUAAAAUUCUUAAUUGAAAAUAAGUAAACAUCUCAGGGAUAUUUUCGUCAUAUUGGUCUUUUUAUUUCCCUUGGAAAAGAAAAGAGCCAUCCAAAACCAAAUUAAAAAAACACGCCGGGAAAUGGAGCAGCGAUCAGAAUCGGACCGCCGCGAUUCAGCUGAAGCGACGACUAGCUCGGGUCAAUCGACGGCCGCAGAAGAAGACGGUGGCGGAGAAGCAAUGGCUCGAGGCUUAUCAGCGAUGCUGGAGUCCGUGAUUAAAGACUUGGACUCUAAAGCUCUUGAUACGCUCAAUAGCCAAGACAAACUCUCCGGUUCGCUCGAUCGCUUAGUCCAAGAGCUAGAUCAAUUGCUGGAAAACGCUCCAUUGCCGUUGAUAGUACAACACGCGUCGAGAAUCACAAGCGUCAAACAAAGAGUCUCAUCGCUGAAUCUUGUCCUCAAAUCUAUUCAAAGGCGUAUUGAUAACAUCGAUCACUUACUCUCUGCCAACACCAACACCAACACCCUUGGUAAUUUCAUACACCGUCUUUAUCUUUAGUGUAAUGUAGUAGUAGUUCACUCAUUGAUCUCACUCUGUAUUCUUAGAGAAAACAUCCUCCGAAACUACAUGAUGACCAAACACACUUGUCACUAGCUCUUUCUCUGCUUACCGCUUCGGGUUUGGUAGCCAAAUCGAUGAGAUGAGAGGUCUUUUACUGUAUGAACAAAGUUUGCUCUCAUCGUUUGGUGUUAUCGGGCCUCUAGUGGGCUUUUUGUUCCAUCAGUUCGUCUCUAGUUUAGAAUGCCCAAUUUUCCAUUUUUAUUUGUUUUGUUUUUAUUUUGGUAAUAAUAAAAUUGUUAUUUUUUUUUUGUUUGUAUCGUUACGAACUCUAAUUCAGUGAAUGAACCAUAUGGUCCAUCAACCCAAUCAUGUAAAACAGAAUUUUAAAGUGAAUAUGUCGGGUCGCUUAUU